UAUAAGCCCUUAUAGUUUACUCUAAUUUAGUUCGAAAACAUAUUUUUCUCUUUUUUAAUAUAUAUAAACGAUUAAGCAUUAAUUUUUUUACACCGGUGUGUUAGCAAGCUAACGACGCAUAUUCUAAACAAUGGCAGCAGAGGACAAAAUCCAGCUGUUGAAGAGCCAGCUGAGGGAGAAGGAGGAGCUGCUCCAAAAAGCUGCUCAAGCUGGUUUGGAUCUUCUUAACCAGAAUAUGGAGCUGCAAACCAAGAUGGAUGAGCAGAGAACAGAGAUGACAAACGCACUCGAGGCUGUGGAGCAAGACAAGUACUCGUUGCAGAGGGAGGUUGAACUGAAGACUCGGAUGUUGGAGUCGCUUCAGUCAGACUUUGAGUGUUUCAAGAACCAGCAGAAACAGCAGCUUCAAAACCAGCAGGAACACCUGGAGAGGAACCACAGCUCUGCACAGAGUGAGCUGCACAACAAGCUGCUCAGGUUGCAGUCGGAUCUGGAUAAAUCUCAACUGAACGAAAAGCAGCUGUGCCACAAGCUGGAGGUGCAGACGGAGACGCUGAACAACAAGAUGGAGGAGCUUCGAGCUUUGAACGAACAGACCCAGAGCUCCAUGACGUCGGAGAUGAUGGAGGUGCAGAUGAGGGUGAUGGAGCUGGAGACCAUGAAGGCUGAACUGGACCAGGAAGUUCAGGAGUCUCAGUACCAGCGGCAGCAGCUGGAGCUGGCUGUCUGCACUCUGCAGCGGCAGCUGCAGCGAAUCACCGAAGAGAAGGAGGAAAGAGAGAAAGAAGCCGUUUCCUGGUUUAAUGCUUUAGAGAAAUGCCGUGAGCUGAACCGGGACCUUCAGGUCCAGCUGGAUCAGGCUCUUCGCGAGGCCCAGGAUCCAAACCGGAAAGGGAAUUCCGUGUUUGCUGAGCUGGAAGACCGCAGAGCUGAGAUGGAGCGACAGCUCAUCAGCAUGAAGGUCCAGCACCAGUCGCUGCAGAAGCUCCACGCCUUCAGCAAGCAGCAGAUGCAGCGCAUGAAGGUCCAAAUCGCAACCCUGAUGCAGCUGCAGGGAUCCAGAGCCGACCCGGCUCAGCUGGAGCGGCUGCAGUCCAUGCUGUCGGAGAAAAACAGCGAGAUCCACAACCUGAUGACCAAACUGCAGAGACUGGAGAAGGUGGAGAUGUUACUGAAGUCCCAGCCCACAAACGCCGCCUCGGCAGACGCAGACGACAGUCGGGAUGAAACGUACUACACCGACCUGCUGAAGAUGCAGCUGAGCAACACCGUGAAGGAUGCAGAACGUCUGGGAGACGAGCUGUCCUUGCAGAGGAUGAAGUCUCUGUCCGAGAGCCAGAGAGCUCUGGAGCUGGAGAGGAAACUCUUCACGUCGGAGCGGCUGCUCAAACAGGCUCAAAGUGACAAGAUCAAACUGCAGCUGCGCAUCGAGGAGCUUCAGCACAAAUAUGAACCAAACGACGGGAAAAGGAGCCUUCAAAAGAGAAGGAAGGAGAAGCUUCCCGUGGACGUCCCGCCGCCCUCUGAGGAGAGGACGGGGGACAAACAGCAGGUGGUUGCUGUGAUGUCAGACAUAAAGAUUGAAGACGGCGAGGAAAACAUCAUGAAGACUUCCACACGAGAUCCGGAGCCACGGUCCGCUAAGUGUGUGAGGAUCAGUGAAGAUGAAGGAGUUGUGAUUCCAAACCCCAGCUCUCCUCCUGCUGACCUGAAGGUGAAGACGGAGCCGGAUGAGAACCUCCAGCAGAACAAACCGGAGGAGAGGAAGAGGAAACCCAUCGAGAUCAUCCACGUCACGUCCAGCAGCAGCAUGGAGAACCAGUGCGCUCAACAGUAGAGCUGCAUGAAUGUAUGAGGGAAAGAUUGACUUUAAAAAUGUUUCUGAUUAUAAAAAGUAUUAUUGCUGUUUUUUCUGUGUAUUUCAUGUCCUUUAUUGUAUUUAAUCCUAUUAAAACACUUCCAACUAAA